AGCCCCGAUGAUGGAGCCAUGGCGUCAAGUUCUCCUCGUCGCAACCCACCUCGCUCGCUCACAAGCAACGAAGAAAUGAAGGGUGUUUUCUUCGGACGCCUUCGCAAGCAUUAUCGUUGGUGUUGAAUCUCUUCGUUGCAUCGAGAUUCGGACUACGUGCUCUCACUCACUCACUCACUCACUCUGCUUCUCCUCUGACUCCUAUCCAGCAGCAUUUGGCACCAGCGAGACUCAUUUUACAGCUAUCUACCUACCCUCAUUAAUCGUGUCUCCCACUGAUUCCAACGCGGUUUGGAGAUCGUAAAGCGUUGCGUCGUCGAUAUGGUGCGGUGGAGUCUGAGGGCGGACUGUUAGUGUAGAAACCCCGAGAGGACGGAGUUUUUGGAGGCUAAUUCGUCGUGAAGGGCUGUUGUUGUUGCUGAUGGUUUCAAUGUAGGUAUGACAGAGAAAGGAAAGACAGGCGGGUCGCUAACUCCAGGGAGGGAGAAUUCGAGCUCGUCGUUGGAGAGCUUGCUGCAACAGGCAUUGCUUCAGUCGCAGAGACCUAAGUUGCAGAGACGCAGCUUGUCGGCUCCUGUUGUGGACGUGUCUGCGGAGAAGCGAGGCAGGUCGUUGUCUCCUCAUCGAGCUAGUCACGUCGAUGGCUUGAGGGGAAGCUAUUUCCACAAGAGCCGGCUCGAGGUGUCGUCGUCGAAUUUUUUGGAAAGAUUUGCACCGCCGAAGCUUGAGACGAUCUCGAAGAAGACGGACGUGCCAUGGUCGAGUUCUAGUGGUGUGUUAGGCAGUGGACGUGCGGCUUUGGGUGUUAACUAUUACGCCUCUCAAGAUUCGCGAUCGUCGACCUUUAGUACAGGAGAUAGUCUUUCGAGUGAUACGCAGCCAUCUGCGACUGAAGGAAUUUUUGAUGCUGUGCACUUUGAAGGCAACAGCAGUGGGUCGGGCGAUCUAGCAGGGCAGACGGAGUCCAUGACCCGAUUUAUUGAUGAUAUUCUGUCGAAUGAGGACCUGGAUGAGGAAAAAUCUCUAAUGCAACAAUCUGGCGCUUUCCAUGCCAUGGUGAAGGAGAUUGCCGGUGUUCUUGCUCCAGAUUCUGGUGUAGAUGGUAUAGAUGACCCUGUGGUUGUUGAGGCAGAUUAUUUGAACGAUUGGGCUUACGCUGCGUUCUUUUCUACCGAUGAACUGCGCAUGGCGGAAAAGAGUCGUUCAUGUCAGGCUAUGGCUAGAGAGAUCGCUGGUGUCCUUUCCCCAGAGGCUAAUAUACCCGAUAUUGGAGAAGUCGAGGGUUUUAAUGACCAGAACAACAAUAUUAGUGAAUUUAUUCCAACUGAAGACAACACAACGAUGAAGUUGAUGGAGGGUUACACUUGCAUGCUCAGCAAGCACAUUACAGAUGUAAGUGGUGCCAGGAAUUCUGAUAACGUGGAUUACAGGUCCUUUAUUACCGAGUCUGAUAGUCUCAUGGUCCACUUCGAUGACGUUUUUAGAUACCAUUUAGAUAAUUCUAACAGAAAGCCCACCAUGAAGUCGGACUUCGACUUCAAUCCGCUUCUUCGUGGCUUAGGAGGGUCGAAUUCGUCCCCUCCUUGCGCUACUUUGACGGAAUUGCUCUAUAGGUGCGCUUUUGCAGUGAGCCAAGGGAAAACACAUAGUGCUACCGAAUACUUAGCAGAGCUGCGGAGCCUCUCAUCACCUUUUGGCGAUUAUAUGCAACGUGUGGCGCAUUAUUUCAUGGAAGCUCUGGUCGCAAAAAUGUCAGGUACCGGCGAACAACUUUACACAGUGAUCACAAACAAUCACCCGUCGGCUGCGACAAUGUUGAAAGCUUUUCGCCAGUAUGUCGAUCGUUGCCCUUACAUCAAAGUCGGCCAUUUUUUUGAAACGAAAAUGACCUUGGAUGCUUUUGAAGGUGCUACUCGCGUUCACAUUAUUCACUACGGUAUCCAGUAUGGAGUUGAAUGGCCUACUCUUAUCCAACAUCUCUCGAAAAGGCCAGAAGGACCCCCUCAUUUUCGUAUUACAGGUGUGGAUGUUCCAUACCCAGGAGAAGAUCCCUGUUGGAAAAUAGAGCAAACUGGGCGGAGGCUUGCGGAAUUUGCGAAGAUGUGGAAUGUACCAUUUGAGUUUCAUGCUCUAGCUGGAAAAUGGGAAUCGUUCACGGCGAGGGAUUUCAAUUUAAGAAGCGAUGAAGUCCUUGCAGUGAUUACUCACAGAUUACAUAAUAUUCUUGAUGUGUCUGUGUUGGGCGCAAGUCCUCGUGAACUAUUGCUGAGGAGGAUUCGAAGUCUGAAUCCCAAGGUUUUCUUCAUGUUUGUGGAUAAUGCAGCAUGCAAUGGUCCAUUUUUCAUGACCCGCUUUCGGGAGAGCGUUAAGCACUACUCGGCAAUAUUUAAUGGGAUGGAAUUGUCUUUUCCUAUCGACGACCCAGAAAGAGUUAUCCUGGAAAGAGAGAUCUUUGGUCGGGAGAUUUUGAACAUUGUUGCUUGCGAAGGGCAAGCGAGAGUGGAAAGGCAGGAGCCGUAUAGGCAAUGGCAAAAUCGACUGCAAAGGGCAGGUUUCACCCGAGUUCAUCCUAAGCAAAUCCUUCUCUCCAAAAUGAAAGCCAUGAUGGCUACUUUUCACAAGGAUUAUGGGGUUGGUGUGGACGAUGGUUGGAUUCUUUUGGGGAUAAAGAACCAAGUUGUGAGAGCCAAUUCAUUUUGGGAGCCUAAACCCGUUAUGAGCUUCAUUUCGUAAAACCGUUUGUCUUCACCAUCCAUAUGAAUUAUAUUAUUUCCUCACUGGUUUUCCGAAUUCGACGUCUUGCACGGCCUCUGCUCCAAUGGUGUUCGAUGCCUCAAUCGGUGUAGAAAUCCAGUUUGACUACGGUGAGCCGUUGAGCGAAUCCAUCCAUAAAGUAGGAACCCUGUGGGGCCCUCGAUGCAGAGAGAUCGGAGGGUUCCCUGCAGAGGCCCAUUGCUUUUCACUGCCUGGUUUGGCGUCACUCCAGUGCUUGAUCCUCGGUGCAUGGACUAGAAGAAAAAGCUGCAUGGAUCUGCAGUAUGAAAUCUGUUCGCCGGACAGGACGGUCUACCCACAAACCGACCCCAUGGGCCCCGGCCGCUGAGACGAAAUUGAUGGUGUGCAUUCUGGCGCCAAAUUUAAUCAGUUUCUGACCACCAUCACUGCACGGGGUUGUGGGAGUCUGUGUUUGACCACUAGAUACAUGUUGGGAAAUUUAGUCCUAGCCAUUCUUCCAUUUGUACAUCACCGUAGCUCCCGGAAGCGACUUCAGAGAUUCAAGUUUGUAAUGGUGCAGAGCCUUGCAUUGUUGUGUGCAUUUUUUUCAUUCUGACGUCCUUGCCAUUCGUAAUGUUAUUGAAACAUUCAACCAGUUCAUAACACAUAUAUUGUGUUGCAGAGUUAUAAUGUAGAGUUAUACUGUGUUUUUAUCUUAUGAACAAUUUUAAUAGGUUUUUGUAGAUAUGGAUUGGUCAUGGAACUAUGUUUUGAUACAAAUAUUUAUUUAAUAGGAUUAUUUGUGGCACA